AAGCAAAUCGGGCGUGUUUCGGCAGCGCAUCGGUUGCAUUCGAACGGUAAUUCUUCUACACCAACCAAUCUGCAUAGGCAGACUGCAGAAAUUGAUGUGCUAAAUUCACAGUAAAAACGUCACACACCGUAAGAAAAAAAUAUAAUUUAACGCGUAAAUCGUCAGAAAAAGAUUCCCGUGAAAAAAACGCUGCCUUUUGAAACGUGUCGUGAACUCAUCAACGCGUGUCUGGCGUGCGUAUAGGUGUACGUGUGUGCGUGUGCUCCUAAAAAUUAUAAAUAUAUAUAUUUCGAUAUACGUAUAGAUACAACUAAACGAUGUCCCUCAUACCCUUCAUACUCGAAUUGGCCGAUGAAUUGCAUGAAUUUAAUCGUUGUCUGGCCACCGGCAGCAUGGAUAUCGACGACUUCGGCUUCGGUAUCUAUCCGCAUGAAUUGCAGCCACAACAGCACCAACAACAGCAAUCGCAACAUCCACUGCAGCAGCAACAACAGCAGCAGCCACAUUUGUCGCAGCAACGACGCCCACGCUCCCUCUCGCAAUUCUAUUGGAUGCCAAAUAUAAGUAAAAGUCGUCACCAUCCCUACUAUCGUGGAAAACCAUGUUGCAACAAAACUCCCAUUCAUUUGGUACACGACCAUCACUUGGAAAAAGAUUCGGCCUCCACUGCUGGCGGGGGUAGUGGUGGUGGCGUUGUUGGUAACAGUCCCACCGCCGGUGCAGGCGCUGCUGGUGACAAAGAGUCGGCGGCUAAUAUUCAUGCCACCAAUUCAGGUUCAUCUAAUGCUUCACCCAAUACGGCAGCUGGGAAAUCCGCAUAUUCGGUGGUGAAUAAGAAUGGCUUUCAGGUUAGCAUGAAUGUGAAGCAAUUUGCUCCAAAUGAACUGACCGUCAAGACAAUCGAUAAUUGUAUCGUCGUCGAGGGUCAGCACGAAGAUAAGGAAGAUGGGCAUGGCGUCAUUUCACGACACUUCAUCCGAAAGUAUAUGCUGCCGAAGGGAUAUGACCCGAACGAAGUGCUUUCAACAUUGUCCUCGGAUGGAAUUUUAACAGUUAAGGCACCACCGCCAGCUAUAAAGACUGAUGAAUCCAUGGAACGUAUUGUUGAUAUACAACAUACCAGCGGGCCGGUACAUGCUCAUCAGAGCCCUGUUAAAGGGCCGUCAAACAAUAGUCAAGGCAGUGUUAAGGAAGUACAUGGGAAUGCAGCUUCCGCAGCAGUUGAACAAACUGUAACAUUAGCAGCAGUCACAGCAGUAACAGCAGUAACAGCACCAGCCACCCUGGCUACAGCUCCACUACAAACAUCAACACUACAACAACAACCGCAGCAGCAGAAAAACCAAUCCCAAGAAUCUCAACAGUUAUGCGCAGCAGUCGAAGCCGUGCAGCAACAGCAGUUGUCAAAGGUUGCACAACCAGUAACAGUAAAAGACUUGCAGGUAACGCGCGAACCCAACGGCAAUCUCGAGCCGAAAGAGCUGGUCAUAGAGCAAGAGACUGAACCACGAACAGCUGAGCAGGCAGCCACGUCUUCCAAUGCUAACAAUAACAACAACAACAACAAUAAUAAUAACAAUACUAACAGAGAAGUCAUUAACAUAGACUGUGGUGUUGACUACACAGACAUGACUGCAACUACCAACGCCAAUUCGAAAACGGAAGUGCAAGAGAAGGAGUGCUUAGCUGAAAAUGAAGAGCAAAAGGAUGGGGUGGAUAAUGUUAACAGCAAGAAACCAGUCUCUUCUAAUGAAACAAAAUCUUUGGCAAUCGAUACCAUCAUAACUGCAAUAACUGCCGAAGACCCAAUGGAAACGGAAGAGAAUGAGCAGAUAGCCACCAAGGAGGAGGUUAUUGAAAAUAAACCUGUAGUGGUUGACGUACACAUGGCCGACCCAGACGUUGAUACAACAACUUCAAGCAACAUAAACUCUGUCACUAACUCGUCAACAACAUCUGACAACAGCAAAGCUUCCAGGGACAUUGCCGUUCCCCGCAGCGAGACCCCAAGUGCCCAAGUUGAGAGCAACGGCAUUGAAAUUACACCAACCAAUAAUAUUAAUAUCGAGUUGACGACCUCAACUACUGCUGAGCCUAGUGAUAUUCUCGUGGUUACCAAAAAUGGUGUGUCCGAUGAUAAAGCCGUUACCGUCACCGAUGAUGGCCUGACGAUCACCUUAGAGACAGCAGUAAGUGAAGCUGACGGUAUAACAGAAAUGGAAACGGAUGUAACAGACAUGGAAACUGACGGGGAUGGCAUAGACGGUGGUGUCAUCGCUAUAGGCAUUGAUAUCGGUGUUGGAGUAGAUGUAAAUGUUAUUGCCGGUGAUGGUGGUAGCGCAAUCGUUGAAGAUGGCAAUGAAGAGAAUGGAUCCGCUGAUAAUUCAGUGGUAGCUGCACAAUCGCCCACUGCAGCUGAUUUGGUGGCAGCAGCUGAUGCAGCCAUACUUUUGGCCAAAACUCAACGUGACAGUGGUGCAGCUGAUGUAGCAGCCGGCAAACCUGCUAUAACCACCGAAGAGAUAACUAACUAAGUAUAGGUGUAGUUUGAGGAGCACGAACGAUUUGAGCAUGAGCAGAAAAAUAACUUGAAGGAGAGCAAGAAAUUUAGCAGCAUAAACAUUCAAUUUGGCAUAACAUAUAAUAUGUAUACUCGUACAUGCAUAUAUUCAUAUGUAUGUAUAUGCAUAUACAUGUAUACAUAUAUAUAUAUAUAUAUAUAUAAAUAAAAGAAAUUGCGUUUACAUUUUAAGUACUUAACUAUUGUAGUAGCAGAUAAAGGCGAAAAGUAAAAAGUAAACACAGAUGAAGCAGAAGGUGAAGUCGAAGAAAGUGAUAUAAAAAAUACAAAUAGAAAUUGAGUAGGAUUCUCAAAAAGGCAUAUAGCCAUUUCCUACAUACAUAUUAACAUUAAUUCAUUCGUACACGUACUUACAUACAUAUAUUAGUUUCAUAAAACCACAAAAUGGAAAGAAAAGUCACUUAAAAGCGCAUCAGACGUUCAUAACAAAUACUUAAUGCAAUCUAUUAGUUAGUCAUUGAAAACCCUACGCCUGCAACCGAUACUAUAUAUAAUAAAAUAUAACUAGUUACAUAUUUUUCAGUAUAUUGCCAUUAGAAAUUCAGUUCCGUUCAAUUUUUCGUUAGCUUUGUACUUUAGUUAAAUGUGAUUUCUUUAGAUUCGUCGUUUUUAUUUCAUUUUCUUUGAUUUAAUUUUUUCGUUUUGAUUCAGUUUUCUUACUUGUGUCAUUCAACCUAUUGUUUACGAUGAAUUUUGUGGUAUAUUUGCAUUUUGUUUGAUUGUACUGUUACAAGAGUACUUGCCAUUUGAGAGUUACGUAAAAUUAUUAACAAACUGAUAUAAAAGCACAUCGGUCAUGUGUUGCUAUUUUUAUAUUUUACCCCUCCCAGUGUAGUAAGGAACACAGCUCCAUUAGCAAUAAAUAAAAUCUAAUAAGAAAUAAAACACGAAAAUCUAAAUGCUACUAAAAAUAUAUAUUAUAUGUAAACAGAAAUAAUAAAAGAGGACACUGAGAGCAGCGAAAUCGGAAGAUGGAGAGAGAAAUUCAAAUAUUGACAUGAAACAAAUGCAUAUAUUGAGAAAUAAAUGUAAAAGAAAAUUACGAGACAUAAAGAAAAUACUUAUAAAAACACAACAGGUGACAUUGCUAAUAAUGACUGUGGUGAUAAUGAUGAAAAUUACUAUCUACAAUGUACGCUAUACUCUGUCGUACUGGAUACACAAUAAAAUAAACGUAAUCUCAAAAAACAA